AUGGCUUUGGGAAUUCCUGCGGAAGAUUCGUCGGAAAACCAAUCAAAACCAAUUACGCCGAGUGCACCGCCAUUGAAAUCCUUGAUAUCGGUGGAUACAAAUGCAACCCAAUUCGUUGUUGCACUAGAUGUUUCAACGACCGCACUCCGUGCUAGCGAACGUUUGCGUCGUAUUAUAAACGAAAAAAUCAAUUGUGACAUUAUAAGCGACGUCACCGAAGCUGAAUUUCGACAAAUGAUUGAAUUUCUUGAAGUAAAAAAAUUACAAUUUAAAGAUCAAAAUCAUCGAUUGCAAAUGUUUAAUGUGGCCAAACGAUAUAAUUGUGCUGACAUGCAAAUAUAUUGUUUGCGUGAAGUUGAUGCCAAUUUGGAUGUAUCAAAUGUAAUCACUGUCUAUCGUACGCUAUGUUUUAACGGUUCAAUCACAUCGCACAAGGAUUCAAUCGAUCGCAAACAGACCAAUUUCAAAAAAUUCAACUACACACCCGAAGAAUUUCUCACAUAUUUGGUAUUCAAUGUUUUGCAGUUUAUCAAUAUGAAUGCGGACAAUGUUCUCUUAUCGGAAGGUAUUGAUGGGCUUCGAUUCAAAGAAUUUAAAAAUAUUGUGAGCCAAGAUGAUCUUUUGUUACGCUCAGAACUGGUUUUAAUUGAUACGCUGACACGCUGGAGCCGAGCCAAAUGUCGGCGAAAAAAUAUCGAACUCACCUUAGAAAACGAACGGUCCGUUUUACGUGAACUUUGCUAUGCACCGAGAUAUUUAAUGCUAAGUUCAAGCGAAUUUGAAUUGGCCAGUAACAAUAUUCGAUUUUUAGAUCUGGUCGAACUGAAAUUGAUUCGAGAAGCAUUUGAUGACAAAAACUCAGGUUCAACUGUAGAACAAACAAACAUGUUGAACAAUUUUAGAAAACCACGACCAAAAUAUACACACAUGCCAAUCUAUUUAAGUCCACGAAGUCACCCAAAAAACUAUUCAAGACAAAUGCGCCGAAAUGAUCGCAACGAUAGUGAUGGAUCAUCGUGUUUUCUAGAUUGUUUAGCAGCUUUCAUUUUUCUAUGUGAUUAA